CGCGAUCGUCAGUUGUGCGAGCGUCUGGCUAACGGGCGGACAUGGAUUUCGACGAGGUGCUGCGGGAGGUGGGCUCCUUUGGGCUCUACCAGAAGGUCAUCAUCUGCUCGGUGCUAUUGCCCGCCGCGCUGCCCUGCGCCUUCCACGCCUAUAGCCAGUUGUUCAUAGCGGCUACUCCGCAGCACUUUUGUCGAGUUCCGGAGUUGGAGCCGUGGACGCAGGACUACGUGCAGCUGGUAAAGAACCUGAGCAUUCCGCGUAAUCGCAAUGGGGCCUUUGCCGAGUGCUCCAUGUUCGCCAGGAAUUACAGUGAUAUAGUGCGCUAUUUGGAGUACCGACCGCCUCCGGACUUGGUUCGUCAACAAGCCGAGGAUUUGCUUAAGUUGCAGCCGGAAACAGCGCAAGUGGUGCCGUGUCAGCAUGGCUGGCACUACGACAAAUCCAUUUACUCCAGCACAGUGGUUCAAGAGUGGAACCUGGUUUGCGACCGUAGCUUCCUGGUUACCCUGGCGCUCGUGGUCUUCGGUGUUGGCGGACUCCUGGGUAACUAUGUGUUUGGAUACCUAGUGGAUCUGUGGGGCAGGCGACCCUCUUUUUACGCCUAUCUGAUGCUUGAGAUCACCGCCUGUGCGGCUAGUGCCUUCGCCUGGAACUAUUACACAUGGUUGGGACUGCGCUUCGUGGUGGGUCUGACGGUGCCCGCGAUCCUGGCCAGUCCCUAUGUCCUAGCCAUCGAGCUGGUGGGUCCGGAGAGGAGAGUUUUCUGCACCAUCGUCUCAAAUAUUGCCUACUCCUUGGGCUUGGUGGUGCUGGCCGGAGUUAUCUAUGUGGUCCGCGAUUGGCGGGAACUCAGUUUGGCAGUGUCUAUGCCGUUGCUCAUGCUCUUCUCCUGCUUUUUCGUGCUGCCGGAAUCACCGAGAUGGCUGAUGGCCGUGGGAAAGACCAGGAGGGCCAUGAAAAUCCUCAAGGUGAUGGCCAGAGUGAACGGUGUGCGUGUGAACCGAGAUUUUGUGGAGCGACUGCAGCGGAAAUUGGCCAGCACAAGAGCUUCGGAAUCGGAAUCAUCUUCGAGUACCCACUACGGCAUUCUGGACUUGUUCCGGGGCCCCAAUAUGCGUCGGAAGACCCUGAUCAUCACCCUCAUUUGGUUUGCCAACACGAGUGUCUACGUGGGAUUGAGCUACUAUGCUCCUGCUCUUGGAGGCGAUGAGAUCUGGAACUUCUUCUUGGCAGGGGCUGUGGAACUGCCCACAUAUUUGCUGCUCUGGCCGGGAUUGAGCUACUUCGGAAGGCGUUGGAUCCUGUUCAUCUCGAUGCUGGUGGGCGGAGUGGCCUGCGUGGCCACGUUCCUCUUUCCGAACAUCACGCUGCUGCUCUACUGCGUUGGCAAGAUGGGUAUUAGUUCGUCCUUUGUGGUCCUGCCGCUCCUGGCAUCGGAAUUAUAUCCCACGGUGGUGCGGGGAUUGGGCAUGAGCUUCAGCUCGGUGGUGGCUAUGGUGGGACCAAUAGUUAUUCCAAUGAUUAACCAUAUGGGCCAGCAAAUGCUAGUCCUGCCUUUAAUUGUGAUGGGAGCUCUGCUGAUCCUGGGAGGAUUCGCCAGUCUUCUGCUGCCGGAGACCCGGAACCGCAAUCUUCCCCAGACUUUGGAUGAAGGCGAGGCAGUGCCCCUCAGUUUCCUCCUCUGCUGCUGCGUGGAGAGCGAGCGAAAACCCAGCAAUAUCAGGGUGAAUCCGCAGAAGAGGAUUAUUCCUGAACCCGGAACACCAGCAUUCCACCGCGUGGACACUCCUGUUUCCGGUAGAAUUGCCUGCAAGGUUGUAUGUAGCAUUUGUAAAAAGGAAAUGCGUACUCUUUAGUCAAAAGUUUUUUAAAUAGUAAAUCCGAUUAAAG